UGUGGCUUCAGUAGUCGGCCAUUACAGCUUCUGGCCGGAGUGCGCAUUCCCGCCAUAACGUAGUUUGAAUAAAGAACGUCGCGUGUGUUUUUAUUUAUUAGGACUGAGUUUUUUAAUAUUUUUUUUUGAUUAUGGAUUUACUGAGCAAGAUCCGCAGCCACCAGCGGACUCCGUCAGGGUCACGAGACUUCAAAGAGGCGACCAAACGCGAUGCCCUUGCUCGCUUGGAGGUGGAACUGGAGAGGCUGCUCACGACAGUCCCAGAGGCCAGGAGGUCCCACGUCGAAAAGGAGUUCCAGGGAUUCAAGAAUUUGUUCAGCAGAUUCUUGGCUGAGCAGGGUCCUUCGGUAGCAUGGGAUAAGAUCGAGAAGUUGCCAGAGGGCGCGGUGAUCGAUUACGCUACUCUCACCACUCCCACCACGGAUAAAGUCCACCACAUGCUGGAUAAACUGGUGGUGGUGAAACUGAACGGUGGGCUGGGAACUUCCAUGGGGUGCAAGGGGCCCAAGUCGGUGAUACAGGUCAGAAACGAGCUGACGUUCCUCGAUCUCACCGUGCAACAGAUUGAGCAUCUGAACAAAACGUACAAAUGCAACGUGCCGCUAGUGCUCAUGAACUCGUUCAACACGGACGAGGACACGCAGAAGGUGAUCCGCAAGUACAAGGGUCUGAAGCUGGACAUCCACACGUUCAACCAGUCGUGUCACCCGCGCAUCAACCGCGAGUCUCUGCUGCCUGUGGCGAGGGACGCGCUUGUACACAACGAUAUAGACGCGUGGUACCCCCCCGGCCACGGCGACUUCUACGAAUCCUUCUACAACUCAGGCCUCCUGCAAAAAUUCAUCAAAGAAGGCCGUUCCUACUGCUUCAUUAGCAACAUCGACAACCUCGGCGCAACUGUCGAUCUGAACAUCCUGAACCUCCUCCUCAACCCAGACCAGCAGAAAUCACCCUCAGAGUUCGUCAUGGAAGUGACUGACAAGACAAGAGCUGAUGUUAAAGGUGGAACCCUCAUCCAAUACGAAGAUAAGUUAAGACUGCUCGAAAUAGCCCAAGUACCUAAAGAACACGUAGACGACUUCAAAUCAGUCAGCCAGUUCAAGUUCUUCAAUACGAACAAUUUAUGGGCGAAGUUGGAUGCUAUUCAAAGAGUGGUAGAACAAGGGUCCUUAAACAUGGAGAUCAUUGUCAACAACAAGCACCUGUCGGAUGGUGUGAACGUCAUCCAGCUGGAGACAGCCGUCGGUGCUGCGAUGAAGUGCUUCGACUGCGGCAUCGGAGUCAAUGUGCCAAGAAGCAGAUUCUUGCCCGUGAAGAAGACCUCGGAUCUUCUGCUAGUGAUGUCCAACCUGUACAGUCUAUCGCACGGAUCGCUAGUGAUGUCCCCGCAGCGGAUGUUCCCCUCCACUCCGCUGGUGAAGCUCGGUGAUAACCACUUCGCGAAGGUCAAGGAGUUCCUCAACAGGUUCGCGACCAUACCUGAUCUGAUCGAGUUGGACCAUUUGACGGUGUCUGGUGACGUCACUUUUGGAAGAGGGGUGGCUUUGAAGGGAACAGUGAUCAUAAUCGCGAACCACGGCGACCGCAUAGACAUUCCGUCGGGCGCGGUGUUAGAAAAUAAAAUUGUCUCUGGUAACCUGCGUAUUUUGGAUCAUUAACAUCGCUGUUUGUAACAAUAUAUUUGCAAUAAUUUGUUGGUUGGUUUAUGACUGACUAGCACAGGUAUUGGCCAAACCUUUUUGGUGGUGAAUGUUGCCGGGUAUCCAUAAGCAAUGUUUGAAAUCUUGGCUAUAAAUAUUAAAAAAUUAUUGAUUUCUUGUAACUUUAUUUUUUAUUAGUAAUUCUGUUAAAAAAUAUUUAAAAUUUAUUUAAUCUGGUUCAAGCGACAGUGUUGGUCAGUCAUGGACCAAAAGCGUAGUACAUAAUACGUAUUUAACCUAUAUACAUAUAAUAUAAUAAUAGAAAAAUUAAAAAAUAGACAAAUGUACGUACAAUAUUUAUAAUGGUUAAUAGUAAAUUAUUUAUUAAAUAACGGGAUUAUUUAAUAUGAGGUCUGUGUCCAUCAGUGGAGAUUUUACUAUUUUAUUUAAUUUUUGUGUAUUCUAAUUUCUACCCGACUGCGGCAAAGCUAAAGAAGGGUUAUGAUUUACGCAAUAUAUGUUUAACUAUACAUUCAUAACUCCAAGUAUCGCUUUGGAAAGCGUCAUUCAAUACCAUAGAGAAUUUCCUGAAUAUUUUAAUGUCAAUUGGUUGUUUUACUAAUACUGUCAGAAAAGUGUGAGAGAGAUAGAACGACUGUGCGGCUAGUGGUUAUUCUAGAACUCUGGUCCAUAUCACAGGUAGAAGCGACUUCGUUGCGCCUUUGUCACUAACAGCGUAAAGAAAGGGAAAUUUAUCGACCGCAUAUUCGCUUUGUUUCUUUCUACAGAGUUAAAAAAUUGUAUAGAUUUAUCUCAGUCUAUUUUCUAUGGUCUCAAGAAAGUCUUAUCCACAUUUACAUCACUCGAUAGGGAAAUAUAAGUUAUCGAUAUUGAUUGUCGAUAAUAUUAAGAUAUGAAAUAAUUAAUUUUGUAAAGAUAAUGUCAAAGGCAACUUGGUAGUUAAGUUAUCUAUUUAUUUUAAAGUUACAUCUUAAAGCUAUGACUCUUCUAUUACCAAAAAUUUCUUUGUAAUCGGAUUUUCUUACCAAAAUUGUGGAUAUCAAAGAUUUUAUAUAUUUUAAGGUAAUUGUAAGCUUAUAUAACUGUAGUUAGCGUCAAAAAUUUAAUUUCAUACAAAUGUUUGCUUUUAAUUAUAUUUCAUGCUUUCUGCUUAUCCAUUUGAUACAUUCCCGAUUUUAGUAAUAGCUGGUAUAGUUUGUAGAAUUUACAUAUUUUAUUCAUAAUUAUAACGUUAAUAUUGGAUGGGAGUGUUUAUAUAACUUUUUAGUUUUUAUAACCUAUAGUAAGCACACGCCAUUUUAUAAGCACAAUGUUAGUAAUAAUUAAUCGCGAAAACAUACGUAAAUAUACAUACUACAUUUAAAAAAAUAUUUAUGUCAUAUAAGUUUAUAAAAUAUAGAUUUUUUAGAUAUCACGUGACGAGAUUUUUUUUAAAAAUCACGUGAAUCAAUACUAAAAUUAGUUAUUAAUCACAAUACUGUAUUAUUUAAAAUGCUCAAUUAAUUUUACUAAUUUGUACUUAUGGAAGCCAUUAAUUAUUUUGUAUGUAUCAGUAUCACAGUAAGAUUGUGUUGGCAAAUAUGUAUCCGUUUUAUUUUAGAGCGCGUUCUGAUGACGCGUUUAACGCGCGCUGAAAACCGAAUUACAUUCGUUAUGUCAAAUGUUUAUGUGAAUAUUGUUGUAACAUCUAAAAAAACUGAAUUUAUGAACCAACGCAUGUUAAACGCUUCUCAUCAAAGUAAAGAUUGUGAUUGGUCGAGAGAAUAAUGCGUGAGUCACGUGUCAUUCCCUCGACCAAUCACAACGAAGCGACACGGACUCUCGUGUCGUUUUUGGGACACUUUAUGGGACUGAACACAGUCUUAGUAAAUUGCAGGUUUUUGGUUUGGUUAACAUGUUUUUUUUGUAGUAUUUUGUAUACUAUAACGGAGCACGAUAUUUUUGACGCUAAUUAUACAAACGCUUGUAAAAACAUAGUUUUAUAUGAUUUUUAUAUGAAUUUAUUUUGGUACGAUUUAUUUGGAGUACAAUUAGUGGGUUUCUGUAGACGUAGUCGGUUUAUCGAAACGUGUGCCAUUCUUGUAAUGGAUAUUGUAAUUAAAUUGUUAUAUUGGA